AUGGCAGUGGCAGCUUUCUUGUUCUCUUCCUUUUCGGUGGUGAUGAGCCAGAGAUGGGCCGCGAGGCACUCCAAAGCCAGCACGUCGGCGAUGUCGUCGUCGAAGCUCACGGGUGCUCAGGUGGCUGUGCACGUGGCUUCCUCUCCGACCUCCUCCAGGUUCAACGAGUUGAGGCCGCUUCGACACUCCACCGCACGUGCGGCCAUGGUGUUCGAGCGCUUCUCGGAGAGGACGAUCAAGGCCGUGGUGUUGGCGCAGACUGAGGCGCAGCGCAUCAAGCAGGACCACGUGGGGACCGAGAUGAUGGUGGUAGGCUUGCUGGCCGAGGGCAGUGGGGGCGCCAAGGCCCUGCAGGCAUUGGGCGUCCGCAUCGAGGAGGCGAGGAGGGAGCUCGAGCGCAUGGUGGGCUAUGGCCAAGGCGGCAAGUCCAAGGAAAUUCCUUUCACCACCUCGGCCCGACAGGUGCUGGAGGACUCCGUGGAGUGCGCCCGCGAGCGAGACAUGCAGCAAGUGAACACCUGCCAUCUGCUGCGGGCGCUUCUACGACAGGUUGAGAGCAACGGCUGCAAGCUGCUCGCGAAGGUGCUGGCCACAGACAGCCCGCAGGUGCUCCGCGAGAGGGUGCUGGCAGCCCUUGCACAGCAGGAGAGCAGCGAGGUCACAGGAGACAAGGUCUUGGCAGGUUCUGUGCGUCCGGCCAUCGAGGAUGAGCUGGACUUGACUCAGACGCUCAAGUUCGGGACGGACCUGACAGAGGCCGCACGCGAGGGGCGUCUCGACCCGCUGGUUGGUCGUCACGAGGAGCUGCGUCGAACAAUCCGCAUCCUUGGUCGCCGCACCAAAAACAACCCCGUGCUGGUGGGUGAGGCUGGCGUUGGGAAGACGUCCAUCGCUCUUGGGCUGGCUCAGCUCAUUGCAGAGGGCAAGGUCCCUCUGAACCUCAAGGACAAGCGCGUUGUCCAGCUCGAUUUGGCGCUGCUGUUGGCCGGCACUCGCUAUCGAGGUGACUUCGAGGAGCGGUUGCGUGCCGUGGUGAAGGAAGUCACGGACAGCAAGCGCCGAGUCAUUCUCGUGGUUGACGAGGUUCACACCCUGGUGGGCGCAGGCAGUGGUGGAGGCGACACCGGAGGUGGAAUGGACGCGGCCAACCUCUUGAAGCCCGCUUUGGCCCGCGGCGAGCUGCAGUGCAUCGGAGCCACUACGCUAGACGAGUAUCGCAAGUACAUCGAGCGAGAUCCAGCAUUGGAGAGGCGUUUCCAGCCCGUCAGCGUACCAGAACCCACGGAAGAGGAGUCGGUGCAGAUCCUCAAGGGCCUGGCCCCGAAGUACGAGAAGCACCAUCAGCUCAGCUACACCAGCGAGGCCUUGGAAGCUUCUGUGAAGCUCUCCUGCCAGUUCAUUGCGGACCGCUACCUUCCAGACAAGGCCAUUGACGUCAUGGACGAAGCCGGCUCCAAGGUCCGCCAGCAGCUCUUCCAAGCAGUGGAGGAGACGCAGAAUGCAGCAGAGCAGUGGGCCGCAGGACGGGAGCUGGAGGAGGUCACGGCCCAAAAGGCCCGGGCAGCCCGCGAGGAACGCUUCGAGGAGGCUGCGGAGCUGAAGCGCAAGGAGAAGGAGUUGGCCGAGCGUCUUGCAAGGCUGCAAGCUUCGGCGGAAAGUGCAGACCCUCAGGGCCUCGUGAAGGAACUCCAAAGCCUUGGAGCGAAGAUCCGCGAGGCUGUGACGGCCGAGCGCUUCGUCGAGGCUCAGGAGCUGAAGGCACGGGAGAAGCAGGUGGCCGAGCUUUUGCAGCAGAGCGGCGUCCCAAGCGAGGCCACCCUCGUUCGGCAGGUGACAGCCGAGGACGUGGCACAGGUGGUAUCCAGCUGGACCGGCAUUGCAGUGGAACAGGUGAGUGCCAGCGAGUCCUCCCGACUCCUCCAUUUGGAGAAGGAACUCCACGAGACCAUCAUCGGACAGGACGAGGCCGUCCGCAGCGUCUCCCGGGCCCUGCGGAGGGCGCGCGCCGGGCUGCGGAACCCGCAGAGGCCCAUGGCCGGGUUUUGCUUCUGCGGGCCCACGGGCGUGGGCAAGACUGCCCUCUGCAAGACCCUGGCCUCGACCUUCUUUGGCUCGGAGGAGACCAUGAUCCGCCUGGACAUGAGCGAGUUCAUGGAGAAGCACACCGUGUCCAAACUGAUCGGCGCACCUCCCGGCUACGCGGCCCUGGCGGUGUUUUCUUUGCAAGCUCUGAGCAAAGCGUUCUGUUCGCGCGAUUGGAGUAGAUUGGAGAAUCAGACGCCAUGGAAGCGGUGGAUGGGAAGAUCGGCGGUGGCGCUGCUUCUUACCUGCACCAUCUGGACUGCAGAUGUGCGCAACGCCUUGGCCUCACCGGAGGAAGCCGAGUUCGGGGAGUUUACAGCCACUCUGUGGUCCCGCGGUCUCGCCCGUAGCUGCUGCGACCUCUUCCCAUCGACCUUCCGAAGCAACGACAGAGGUCUCGAAGUUGCGGUCUUCGACUGGUCGUCGCUGGAUCUUGCGCGCCAUGCAUCGCCCAUCGUGUACGUGCCGUCCAUGGAUUUGAUCCAAUUCCUCACGCGCUUCGCGGCAUCUUCCCCGGAAACGCGCAUCACCUUGGUCACGGGACAGGAGGAUGUGGGAGUGCCAUGCGAGCUCUUCGGAGUUAGGCGCCGUCCAGAGUUCUUUGCGGUGCAUCCCGACGCACCGACGCACCAGGCCCGGAUUUGGGCUUUGCAGUGGAAGAACUUGUCGAAGCUCCUCGAAGACCCGCGGCUCCUCCGGUGGUUUGCACAGAACUACGAUGCCUCCGACUGCCUGGCAGGAGAUGCGCUGCUGAAGCUGGCGCCCUUGCCCUUGGGUCUGGAUUUCCACACUGCCUCAGAGAAGGCUCUGCGGCUGAGCGUAGGGGAGCAGCAACGGCAGCUUGAUCUGGCACGAGAGGAAGCAUUGCCGUUUGCUGAGAGGUCAGCGCAUGUGCUGCUGCCGGUGGACUGCACGGCAGUGUUCUGGUGGCAGCCGCCUCUCCAGAACGGUCGGAGCUGCGUCGACCGGCGCUGCGCCUGUGAGACGCUGAAGGGCAACUGGACCCAGGUGCCUUGGGCCAACUACCUCCGCGCACUGGGGCGGCAUGCCUUCGUCGCGGCUCCCCUGGGCCACGGCUUGGACUCGCACCGAGUGUGGGAGGCGCUGGUGAUGGGAAGUGUGCCAGUGGUCAUUGCGUCAAGCUUGGAUGGAUUGUAUGCAGAGUUUCCGGUCGUGAUCGUUCAGUCCUGGUGGGAUGUGCCUUUGAAUGCAUGGUCCUGGAAGAAGCACAUCUCGCAGAAAUGGGGGGCUCGGCCGUUCUCUCAGAGGGUGCUACAGCGGCUCACUAGCGGCUAUUGGGCCGGCCUGAUCCGUGGUUGGCACCAGGCCAUGCAGGCUAUUGGGCCUGGGAUUUCCAAGGAGCAAUGA